ACAAUUCAGUGUGUAUUCAAUCUUCAUCGCUAUCGGUCGCGUUUUUGUAGUGCAUGUGAAGAAUUGUGAAGUUUUCAAAUCUCACACAAUAACAACAACAAAGACAUAAAAAUAAUUUUUUGGACACGCUGGAAUUAAUCAAUUUAAUUUGAGAUUACGCAAUUCGACUUAUGGUAUUGCUUAUGCAUUAAUGGACUGAUAUUAGAAUACAGUAAUACAACAUGUACCGAAAUCUAAUCAAAAGUGUUCAAUACAAUAAAACAAAGUUUAAAUAUUUGACGUAUCAGACACUCUCAGUCGCAUGUUAUCACAAUGAGUCUUCCUACUAUGGCUAUCGUCCGAGAGUCAAGAAAGAGUGGAAAAUUCCACAAACACAUUUGGCAGCGCGUCAAGCGAAUGCAAAUUUAAAUGCAUGGAUUAAUGCGUAUCGAGUUCAUGGACAUAGAAUUGCAGCAGUUGAUCCAAUUAAAUGGCUUGAUGGCAUGGAUGUAGUUCCAGAGAUUGAAAUGUCUCGUUACGGAUUAGAUGAAUCACGAGAACUAGCUGGUCUUGAUGAAAUUGUGUCAUUUAGUGGUUCACAAGUUCAAACUGUUGCAGAUUUGAAGAAGAAACUCGAAGAGACUUACUGCGAGAACAUAAGCGUUGAGUUCAUGCAAAUUGAGGAUGAAUAUGAGCGUGAAUGGUUUAUGGAGAAUUAUGAGAAGCUGAUGGAAGAGAAAGAGUUCAUUACAGUAGAAGAGAAGCGAGCGCUCAUCACAGAAAUGAUUAAAUUUCAAGAAUUUGAUAGAUUUAUGAAUGCUAAAUUACCGGCAAUUAAACGUUAUGGAGGUGAAGGUGCUGAAUCAAUGGUUGCAUUCUUCCAAAAUAUACUUAAAAAUGCAGCGUACGAAGACAUUAAUUCCAUUGUUCUCGGUAUGCCACAUCGAGGAAAAUUGAGUGCUUUAGUGACUUUAUUUAGACAUCGACCAGCAAGAAUUUUUAGAAAAUACAAAGGACUUCCAGAGUUUGGUGGUGAUUCAAAUGCUAUGAUGGACAUUCCUAGUCAUUUUAGCGUAUCAGAGGAGUACGAAUUUGAUGGAAAGAAAGUCCAUCUCACAAUGUUACCCAAUCCAUCACAUCUUGAAGCAGUCAAUCCAGUUUCAAUGGGAAAGACUCGAUCAAAGCAGCAAUCAUUAAGGGAUGGAGCCUUUAAUGAUGAUUUAUCAAAGGAAUUUGGAACUAAUGUACUAAAUGUUAUACUUCAUGGUGAUGCAGCACUUCCUGGUCAGGGAAUAAACCAAGAAUGUGUGAUGAUGACAUAUACACCUAAUUUUGAAAUCGGUGGAACUAUUCACUUGGCUGUUAAUAAUCAAAUUGGAUAUACAACGCCAGGAGAUCGUGCUAGAUCUAGUCGUUAUUGCACAGACAUUGCAAAGUCAGUAAAUGCACCAAUCAUUCAUGUUAAUGGAGAACAUCCAGAGCUUGUUGCACUUGCUACAAAAUUAGCAUUCAAUUACCAGAGAUUGUUCCGAAAAGAUGUUUUCAUUGAUUUCAAUUGCUAUAGACGAUGGGGUCAUAAUGAAGUCGAUGAUCCAACCAUGACGAGUCCGUGCAUGUAUAAAUUAAUCCGCGAUAAAAAAUCAGUACCCGAUCAAUAUGCAGACAAAUUAAUUGCAGAAGGUGUCAUAACAGACGAAGAAAUUAAGUCAAUAAUGAAGCAUCAAUUUGAUUACUAUGCAACUGAGCUUACUCAUGCUGAAGAAUUUGUACCUGAGACUACAUGCUUUAGGAAGCAAUGGGACGGAUUUGGACAAACACCUGGAACAAUUUCAAUCUGGGAUACAGGAAUGAGCUGGGAAUUAUUGAGCUAUAUUGGACGCAGUUCAGUUUAUACUCCACCUGAAUUUAACGUACAUCCACAUCUUAAGAAAACAUUCGUUAAUUCAAGAAUAAAGAAACUAGCUGAAGGAAAUGCCAUUGAUUGGGCUACAGCUGAAGCUAUGGCUUUUGGUAGUUUAAUGUAUCAGGGUCAUAAUGUACGACUCUCAGGUGAAGACAUUGGUCGUGGUACCUUUGCACAGCGUCACGCAAUGCUGAUUGAUAUGGAUACAAAUGAAGUUUUUGUACCGUUAAACUCAUUGAAAGGCGGUCUCGGUGGUAAAUAUGAGGUUGCAAACAGCAUUUUAUCAGAAGAGGCAGUUUUGGGUUUCGAGUAUGGAAUGAGUAUUGACAAUCCAAACAACUUAAUCAUCUGGGAAUCUCAAUUUGGUGACUUUUACAAUGGUGCUCAAAUUAUAUUUGACACAUUUAUUUCCAGUGGUGAAACAAAAUGGAUGCAUGCUAGUGGUCUUGUUCUGCUUUUACCCCAUGGAAUGGACGGAAUGGCUAGUGAACAUUCAUCAUCGCGUAUGGAGCGCUUCCUUCAAAUGACUGAUUCAAAAGAAACAAUACCUGACGAUGACGAUGUCAAUUUUAAUUUGAUCUUCCCAACAACACCUGCACAGUACUUCCAUGCCAUGAGACGACAAAUACUUAGAAAUUUCCGUAAACCACUUAUUGUAAUUGCACCGAAAACAAUGCUUCGAAUGUCUGAAGCAACAUCGAAAUUCCAAGACUUUGAGCCAGGAACUCAUUUCCUUAACGUACUUCCCGAUAAUAUUUCUAAUCCUAAAGAUGUCAAGAAGAUUAUUCUAUGCAGUGGAAAGCACUUCUAUGCACUUAAUAAUGAGAGAAUCGAAAAGAAUAUUGAAAAUGUUGCUAUUAUUCGUAUUGAAUCAUUGUGUCCAUUCCCCGUACAUGAUAUUCAGGUUGAACUUGCUAAAUAUAAGAAUGCAAAGAUCUGCAUUUGGAGUCAAGAAGAGCAUAGAAAUAUGGGUGCAUGGAGUUUCAUUCAACCGAGAUUUGAAAAUAUGUGUGGAAGGAGAAUUAAAUAUUCAGGAAGAGAUGUUGCUGGAACUCCAGCAACCGGUAUCGGAAAAGUUCAUGCAAAAGAAGCACAAUAUGUUGUAACUCAUCCCUUUACAAUGUAAAUCUACCUCCGCUAUUAAUUCUUUACAAAAGAGAUGAAUUUUUUUAUAAUUUUUUUACAUCAAGAAAACUUUUUAUUAAUUAAUUAAAUUGAAAAAAGAUGCAUUUAAUAAUUCAUUUUCCAUUUUUUUACAAAAUUACUGGAUGUUGUUUGAUAUUUUCUAAGUUACAGAGAUUCGCAGUCAUGACUCAUGAGGAUUAAAUUGUAUUUUUAUGCUGCAGCGUCUACUUAUUUGCCUUUACAUUUUAGCAUGAAUCUUUUUCGUACAGGAAGUCUAGACAUCAGAGAGCAAUUAAUGUCAAUGCUCGCCCAGAGAGCAUAAAAACUUUCUCUUAAUGCUGUCGAUUUUUUUGAAGCGUGUGUGAAACAUCAACAAAAAAAUCAUUUUUAGAAAAGAAUAAACGAAAGUGAAGCAAAACAAAAAAAAUUAUUGUAGGUGUUUAUGGCUGCUUGUACUUCCUCUAUUAUUGUACUAUAGACACACAUUCUUUCGUAGAAAUUAUAUCAUGUUAACGCGCUAUAUAUAAUGCCAAUUGUGUGUGUCUACACUCUUGUUCGCCAGACUAUAGCUCGACGAAAAAAAAUAAUAUAGAGAUAAAUGCUUAUUAAAUUAUUUUAGUUGAAACUUUUAGAAAAAAAGCAAGAGCUUCGUUUGAAAUAAGACGAUGCGGAAUACAAUAGAAAUUCUUUUAUACCUCGUUCGUUUUGUGUAAAUUUUUGCACACGAAAUCAAUCAAUUUGAAUUUAUUGAAUGGAUAAUAACCAGUGAAUUGUACUGUCUGCUUAUAUUCUUGAGGCGAUUGCAGUGUUGUCAAUUUUCGAUGGAAAAUCUAGCAGGUUGUGGAAUCGAUGUUGAACAGCUAUCAUUAGCUUUUUGAGAAACUAAGUACAAUUUUAAGGUAUCUAUGGAUGUCUGAAUUAGUUUUUUUUGAGGAUUUAUUCCUUACUAGCUUCAUGUGCAAUUCUAAGUGCUCAAAAUGAUUCAAAAGAUUCUUUCAUCGAUUAGGAUCUCAGUCUUUCUGUAUAUCAGGCUCAAUACAUUGCUUUGCUGGAACCCUUUUACAAUAUCAACAGCUCAAAGGUUCUAAAACCAUUUGGAAACAACUUGAAAUUCAGCAAGCAUCAGACGUUCUUAAAAUGACAACUCUGAAAACUGACCGAGACAUUCUGAUU